AUGCUUUUCGGCAAUGCUUUUGCAUUCCCAGGCUUGACUUUAGUGGCAGAUGACCAUCCCAUGGAACAGCUGCUCAAGAUGUCUGAGAAGCUCCAGGAACAAUUCCCACGAGCCUCAGACAUCGAAGCAGACAUCAAAAAGCAGGAGGAAUCCGCUAGCAAGGAAAAGAAAUUCAAGGAAGAUGAUGAGCAACAAGAUGAGGCCCCACAGGUGAAGCUAAAGUUUGCACCAGAUUUGGUCAUCCAGUCCGAGCAAUUCCUCAAGCGCUGGUGCCCAAAGAGACCUGCAAACUGCCACACCAUCCCAAGAGUCCUUCCAACUGUGAAUGAAUUUCGAGCCAUCAAGAACCUUCCUGUAGAUGAGCGUUGGCAGCUGUUCCUUGGCGUUUUGAUUCCAACGCUUUGUUUAAGUUCCGAACAUGAUCCUUCGAAUCCCGUGUACACGCAGUGGGUGCACGAGAGCAUGACGCAGAACAAGUUGGCCUGUGUCACUGCUGGCAAAGAGUUCACCUGGGGUGCGAAUGUGCCAGCAUCCACUGUAGUAGUCACAAAGUCCUUUGCAGAGACCACGUCUGUGGCAGGUAUGUUGCAGUAUGUUGGUCGAGCAGCCCGACGAGGUUUGACAACACAUGGUCAGGCGAUCUUCGAACGCGAUGAGGAUUUGCAACGGAUCUUCGCCAGUCCUGAUGGCCUUAGCACUGAGGCCCUCACCAUGGAGCGCUAUGCGGAGCCUCGACCAAGACCGAAAAGAGAAGAAUCAUGA